AUCGCAAACAUGCACAGGUUUGUCAGACCUCAGCUUAUGCUUCGUGAUUCUAAACAGUCAUUAUUACCGAGAGCGUGUCAACUUUGUACAAAUCACAAAUCUGUUGUGUCCAGUGUAAGGGGAUAUGUUGUGUUGCCUCCCACCAAUGAUGAAGAAGAAAAAGCCAUGCUUCACAGGAUGAUGAGAGUGGACCAUGCAGGAGAAUAUGGUGCCAACCGAAUCUAUGCGGGUCAGAUGGCUGUUCUUGGCCGUACACAAAUCAGUCCACUCAUUCAGGAAAUGUGGGAUCAAGAGAAGCAGCACCUGAAAAAGUUUAAUGAGAUACUGGCUGAGAACAGAGUGCGUCCUACCCUCCUGCUUCCACUCUGGAACAUAGCAGGAUUUGCUCUUGGCGCUGGCUCUGCUCUCUUGGGAAAGGAAGGGGCGAUGGCCUGCACUGUGGCUGUGGAGGAGAGUAUCUCAGAGCACUACAACAGUCAGAUCAGAACUCUAAUGGAGAAAGAUCCUGAGAAGUACACUGAGCUGCUGCAGCUGAUUAAAGAAUUUCGGGACGAUGAAUUGGAGCAUCAUGACACUGGACUGGAGCAUGAUGCUGAAUCAGUGCCUGGAUAUCAGCUGAUGAAAGCCAUCAUACAGGUGGGCUGCAAAGCUGCAAUCUACAUCUCUGAACGUCUCUAAGUAUUUUCAGAGUAUUUAAAAGAGUUAACCUGAUAUCUUGUAAAUAUGGAUGCUACCUUUUCUGUCUUUGAAGUGUUAAAAUAUUUCCCAGCUUAAUUUGCAGAUACAACUAUAAGCAAGCCUUUUUGGGCAAAUUUUUCUGAAAUGUGUAAACACUGUGGUUCUAUCAAAACUUUGCUCUGUUUGUUUGAGCAUCCCAUCCAGCCCAACACAGUAAUACAGACUCAGCCAAUCUUUAGCCUGGAACUAUUUCUUUGUGUGACCAGUAGGGGGAAUAUUUAAGCCUGUUUAAGUGUUUUUUUGUUUGUUUUUUGUUUUUACAGUUUCAAUGUAGUGGCACUAGUGUUGCAGAAAUUACAUAUUUCAUUUAUAAUGACGUGUUCCUCACAGCAGUAAAAAUAUAUUUAAAAUCUAUUUAUUGCGAUUUUAUACAUGGCAUAAGUUUUUGUCUCAUUCUGUAAGGUAUACUCAAGAACAAUAAAAUAAACUUUUUAUCAACCACA